AUGGCAUCGCCGGAGGUCGAGGCGUUCUUCGCUGCGUGCCCUCCCUCAGGGACACCGGCAGUGCCCGCAGGCGACCCCGGCUCGGCUGUGCGCGCAUUCCUGCGGCAUCACAGCUCCGCCGAAGGCGAGCUGAAUCGACCUGUCGUCUGCGUCACGUCCGGCGGCACGCAAGUCCCGUUGGAGAAGAAAUGCGUCAGGUUCAUCGACAACUUCUCAGCAGGAACCCGCGGGGCGCGCAGCGUCGAGCAGUUCCUCGAGCUCGGCUACGCGGUGAUCUUCAUCACGCGCGUCGGGUCGAUCCAGCCCUUCUCGAUGGGCCUGCCCGCCGUCGAUGCCUACCAGCGACUGUGCACGACCAUCCAGCCCGCCGACAGCGCGGACAGCGCGCAGCCGUGCGCCGCGUCCUUCGACGCGGGCGACGCGCAGGCGAUCCUCGAGGAGAUGCGUGCGAUGCGCAGGACGCAGGACAGCAGCUGCCUGCUCACGCUGCGCUUCGCGACGCUGUUCGAGUACCUGGUAGUGCUCCGCGCCGUCGCGCAAGAGGCGGGGGGGUAUGGCGCAGGUGUGGCGUUCUACCUCGCGGCCGCGGUGUCUGACUUCUACAUCCCGUGGGCCAGCCUGACGGAGCACAAGAUCCAGUCGCGCGACGGCGGGCUGUCGAUGGAGCUGAGCCAGGUCCCGAAGACCCUCGGCGAGCUGCGCAGGGUGUGGGCGCCGUCGGCGUUCGUUGCGUCGUUCAAGCUCGAGACGGACCCCUCGAUGCUGGAGAGCAAGGCGCGGGGCGCGAUUGAGAAGUACGACGUGCACGCGGUCGUGGCGAACCUGCUGCACACGCGGCACCAGGAGGUGUUCGUAUACAAUGGGGGGAGUGCGAAAACCGACCCCCCGGAGCACGUGCAGCGGGGGGAGGACAAAUGCGUCGAGGUGCGGCUCGUGCGAAGCAUCCGUGACAUGCACUUGGCGUUUUGGAAAGGCGGCGGCGGGUCUUGA